GCACUAGCGUGAUGACGUAGAAUGUCCCAGGAAAUAUCCUGCCGUCUCAAUUAGAAACGCACAAAGUCAUUCAACAUGGUUUUGGAAAGUAUCUCCAGGAUCAUCAAAAUACAGCUACCAGCCUACCUCAAGAAGCUGCCCCUUCCGGAAACAAUUGGCGGCUUCGCGCGACUGACAGUUUCAGAGUGGUUGCGGCUCCUGCCAUUAUUGGGGAUUUUGGCUCUGUUGGGUUAUCUGACCAUCAGGCCCUUCCUACCCAAGAAGAAAAAGCAAAGAGACAGUCUAAUAAAUCUGAAGAUCCAAAAAGAAAACCCUAAAGUGGUGAAUGAGAUCGACAUAGAAGACCUGAGGACUCCAAAUGUCUGUUACUGCCGCUGCUGGCGAUCUAAAACGUUUCCUGUCUGCGAUAAAUCGCACAUAAAGCAUAAUGAGUUGACGGGAGACAACGUUGGUCCACUUAUUCUUAAAAAGAAAACUCUGUAGCCCAUCUUUUUUUAGGGGGGCUCGUAAAGGGACAUACUUUUUUUUAAUAAAUUUUUUCUCCACUAAAAAAAACCUACUGUAAUUUUGAUUGUUUGUUGUACUUACACAAAACUAUUUCCAGCAUGCAGUAGAGCUGUACAUUCUGACUUUAAUGAUAUUGUGGUUGAUAUGAAAGAUUAUAUUGAGUACUUUGUUCUUUUUGUUGUGGAUGUUGUUGUUAGUUUGUUUUGGGCAAAUGUGUUUUCACUUCUGUGUGCAAUAUAACUUGACCAUAAGGCAAAAAUCGAGCUUCUUGUCGUCCAUUAGUCUUUUUGGCCAUGAAAGUGUUUUUUCUAUUCUUGAUCUCAGAUCAGUUUUAAACUAAGUUGUCUUGUACUGUUAUUGGGAUAAUUAAAAACUUGCAUUUGACAUUUUUAGACAUAAAAAAACACAUCACAUCAGUCUGAAGUACAUUACUGGGAAUUCCUCUAAAAUGUUUGCUAAUUUAUGGAUAUAAUUUAGUAAUAAUUCACAGCAUUAGAUUGUAAUGGUCAAGCUAUUGUUUCACAUUGUUCAUAUAUUAAAACAUUUAUCAUAAAGCAACAGAAUGUACCCAUAUGCCGCAAUAUUUAAUAAUUCUUUGCAUUUCUUUGUAUUCGAAUGUUAUAAAUAGUUUGACAAUCCUUUGGCUCUCUUAAUAGUUUGUUUGUUUUUUUUAACUUGUGCUACUUUGCUCAUAGAUGUUUUUACAUUUAUAUGGUAACUGGAAUGUGCCUAAUGACUUUUGUAAAAUAAAAGGUAACAAACA